AUGAUCGACCGUUACGAACCUUCUGACCGCCGUGGAAACCGCGAUGAUUAUUACGCCGCAUCUCGCGAGACCGCUCUGCGAGAGCGCGAAGAUCGUCGCCGUGCCCCUUCUCCGACUGUGUCUAAUAUCGACCGAUACGUUCCUGGCCAAGACUCGGGCAGGCGGCCGAUUCCCACGAACCCCCUUCCCAACCCGUUGGGCCUGGAAUUCCAAGUUGGAUUCAAUUGGUUCGCCGAGUGGUGGAGAGCGGAACAAUCGAUCAAGGAAGAAAAGGAACGGGCAAAACAUGGCGGGCGUCGUCCAUCAGAUCGCGUCAAGGGUGAACGCGAGUCGCGUGAGGAUCGAGAAAGGGAACGCGCCCAGAUACAGGCCGCUUACGACAAGUACAAGGUGGACCUGCAGGUUAAGAUGGCGAGGACGUUUGUGCACCACCAUCGGACCGAGGAGUGGUUCAAAGAACGGUACGUUCCCGAGGUGAGGGAGCCUCUUCGCCGGCGCACGAUGGACUUCCGCGUUGGUGCUUAUCAGCAGUGGGAGCGCGACCUGGAGAGUGGCUUGUUCGACGAGUUCACUUUGGAAGGUAUCUACAAAAACGAAAGCGACGGUGCGGGCGGCGUGAUCGAGAAGGAAGAAGGCGAGACAACCGCAGUCGGCGAGACCCUGGGUGUUUUGGACUUGCUUCCGGCCCGGGGUGGCGAGCUGCGCGACGAAGCCUUGUCUCAGCCCGCCCUUCUCAUAAAGACUUUAGCACCCAAUGUCAGCCGCGACAAGAUUGAAGACUUCUGUAAAGAACAUCUCGGCGAGCAGGAUGGCGGAUUCAAGUGGUUGAGCCUCAGCGACCCGAAUCCCUCCAAGAAAUAUCAUCGCAUGGGUUGGAUCAUGCUCCACCCCGCCGCAGAUGCUCCAGUCGUCGAACGGGGCGAUGGCCGGGAAGAGGAGGGCGAGGAGAUGGAGCACGACGUGACUCAGGGUUCUGGAAAUGCCAGCGUUGCUGACAAGGCACUGGAAGCGAUCAACGACAAGACCAUCCACGAUCCCGUCCAUGGGGAUUUUGUUUGCCAUGUGGGUGUCCAUGUGCCCCCGUCGCAGCCGCGCAAAAAGGCCCUUUGGGACCUCUUCUCGGCACCGGAACGUAUCGGACGGGACCUCGAGCUGGCACGGCGUUUGGCCUCGACGCUGGAUGCCGAGAUGUGGAACGCCGAAGGUACGACUAAGAUCGACGAGCGCGUCGAGGAGUUGCGCGGGAAGGGGUGGCUGCAACCCCCCGUGACUGGGCCUGUCAGUGUCAAGAAACGGAAGUCGGACUUUGACGCGGAUGACAUGGACGAGGGUGAGGCCGAAGAAGGCGAAGAACAGGAAGGAUGGGAGGAUGACGACGUUGACGAUGAAGAGCUUUUGGCUAAAAAGAAGAAGUUGGACCUCCUGGUAGAAUAUCUUCGCCGAGUCUACAAUUUCUGCUUCUUCUGCGUCUUCGAGAGCGACUCCGUUCACGAGCUGACUCGUAAAUGCCCCGGUGGUCAUCUGCGUCGCCCGCGCGCUGGGCUCACUACCCAAUCGAAAGCCGUGGCCCGGGCCAGUGCUCUUGGCGAGUCAUUCCCCGUCAAGAAGAAGGAGCCCAGUGAGGACGGGGAGGAACCGCCAGCGCCCGCGGAGGAGAAGAAGUCCCAGAAAUUCAGCUCCAAGACGGAGCAGCAGCUUCAGCGUGCGUUUAACUGGGUGCGGACAUUCGAAGACAAGCUUUUGCAGAUCCUCGAGCCGGAGAACGUGGAUAUUCGCAAACUCGGCGGCAAGCCCGUGGAGGAAGCACUCCAGGAGGAGUUGGCCAAAUUCGUCAAGCAAGAGGAUGAUUCGAAGUUCCGCUGCAAGGUGCCCGAGUGCAACAAACUGUUCAAGGCUGAGCACUUUUGGGAGAAGCACGUGGAGAAGCGGCACGCGGAGUGGUAUAACACCAUUAAAAGUGAUUUGACCCUGGUGAAUGCCUACGUUCUCGACCCCGCCCGUAUUGCACCCUCGCGGUCGGACGCGAACAGCAACGGUCAUUUCCCCCUCCACACCGGCCACAAUCAAACCGGCACCCCUCGCGGGUUUAGCUUGUCGUCCAUGCCGCCGUACCUCAGCGGGGGUCCUGGGGUUGCACCCGGGAUGCAAGGUAUGCCUGGGGCUGGAUUCCCUAGUCUCAUUGGAGUUGGAGGCCAGCCCUGGGGCUCGAACGGGAUGGUCGGCGGUGACCACCCUGGCCUUCACCAACCGGGCGUUAUGCGCCGCGGAGGCGGUCGUCAUACGCGGAUGGGCCCUUAUGACCGACGCGGCCACCGUUCCGGCGCCGGCAGUGGUCGUUUGAGUCCGGUCCGCGGCAUGGGUCACAUGUACGGCGGUGCGGGUCGUCUCCCGCCCAACCCUACUGCUCCAUACAUCCCUCCCGGACACCCGGCAGCUGCGAUGGUGGCUGCGGGUGGCUUCCCGGAUGCCAUGGGGGCAGGCGGUGCCCAGCAGGGCAUGGGACCUCGCGAAGCGGUGCAAGGCCGCAGCCUUAAAAGCUACGAGGAUCUCGAUGCGGUUGGGGGAGCGGGGAGUGGUGAAUUGAACUAUUAG